GCCUCAUGGUCUCAUCCACCUGCACAGCUGCAGCCAGUGGGAGGAGAUGCCGUGAGCCCUGCUCUCAUGGUCCUGCUCUGCCUCGGGCUGAGUCUGGGCCCCAGGACCCAUGUGCAGGCAGGAAACCUCUCCAAACCCACCCUCUGGGCUGAGCCAGGCUCUGUGAUCAGCCGGGGGAACCCUGUGACCAUCUGGUGUCGGGGGACCCUGGAGGCCCAGGGGUACCGUCUGUAUAAAGAGGGAAGCCCAGCAUCCUGGGACCCACAGAACCCACUGGAACCCAGGAACAAGGCCAAGUUCUCCAUCCCAUCCAUGACACAGCACCUUGUAGGGAGAUACUGCUGUUACUAUAACAGCCCUGCAGGCUGGUCAGAGCCCAGCGACCCCCUGGAGCUGGUGGUGACAGGAUUCUACAACAAACCCACCCUCUCAGCCCUGCCCAGCCCUGUGGUCACCUCAGGAGAGAACGUGACCCUCCAGUGUGGCUCACGGCUGAGAUUCGACAGGUUCAUUCUGACUGAGGAAGGAGACCACAAGCUCUCCUGGACCUUGGACUCACAGCUGACCCCCAGUGGGCAGUUCCAGGCCUUGUUCCCUGUGGGCCCCGUGACCCCCCACCGCAGGUGGAUGCUCAGAUGCUAUGGCUCUCGCAGGCAUAUCCUGCAGGUGUGGUCAGAACCCAGUGACCUCCUGGAGAUUCUGGUCUCAGGAGCAGCUGAUAACCUCAGUCCAUCACAAAACAAGUCUGACUCUGGGACCGCCUCACACCUUCAGGAUUACACAGUAGAGAAUCUCAUCCGCAUGGGCAUGGCCGGCUUGAUCCUGGUGGUCCUUGGGAUUCUGAUAUUUCAGGAUUGGCACAGCCAGAGAAGCCCCCAAGCUGCAGCUGGGAGGUGAACAGAAGAGACGACAAUGCACCAUCGAAUGCUAGAGCCUUGGAAAUGAAUCUGCUGGUCCUGGGAGGUUUGGGAAGACCAUCUGAGGCCUAUGCCAUCUGGACCGUCUGCUGGCAAUUUCUUUUUUUCCUUCUUUCUUUUUUUUUUUUUGAGACGGAGUCUCGCUCUGUCGCCAGGCUGGAAUGCAGUGGCGCAAUCUGCGCUCACUGCAACCUCCGCCUCUCGGGUUCAAGUGAUUCUCCUGCCUCAGCCUCUGGCAAUUUCUAGAGGGAGGAAUGGGUGUUUGAGUGCAGGGACACUGGUCUGGGGUGAUCCAUGGAGGACCAUUAAAAUGUGACACCUUUCCUUUCUAUUAAUGUUGA